GCUGGGUUUGGUGAAGAUAGAAUGCCUUCACGCGGCAUUUGCGGCCAACAAGAAAUAAUAGGAGGGGUCAAUUUGGUCACCAAACCAUCACAGCUUUUUUCUUUCUUUCCGUUCGUAUCGUAUUUCUACGACGGAUAUUCUUGUCCAUUGGCAAGAACUUUUUUGUUCUUCCCAGCUGUUCUCCAUAUCUCCACAUUCGGUCGAAAAUUCUUCCACCCCGGAGGGAAGAAAUCCAGCUCCAAUGGCGGCCGCGGCGACAGUGAUGAAGAGGGAGCUGGGGUCGUCCGAGGAGAAUUGGACGCGAUGCACAGCCGGCGGCACUGGGAUUGGGAUUUUCGGCAUGGCGCUGCGCCAGAUCGUCCAGACGCCGAGCAUUCUCCUGGCUGCCAAAGCGGUAUGUGAGAAUCACUCAAUGCUGCGAGCGCAACUCGUCCCCGACGCGAAAUCUUCCUCCAAGAAGCUGGCAUUCGAGGUCCGGAGCGUCGAUUCUUUCGCACCAGUGGUGGAAUCACUGCCGUGGCCAGAAGAAGGAACCCUAGGUUCUUGCGAUGGCGACGAAGAAGCGCUCGUCAAGAGCGCGCUGCAGGCGGUGGUGACAAACGAGCUAAAUCUUCCCUUCCACAAGGAGCACAAGGAGCUCGAUCACACCGUGGAUAUCUUCCAAAUCCACGUCUACGAGGAAGCUUCCAGCGGCUCCUCCAUCAUCGUUCUUAGGUUUCACAGCGGCGCUUGCGACAGAUAUUCUUCCUCCACCGCCGCGCAGGAAUUCGUGGCGGCGCUCGAUCGAUGCGUGGAGGCAGGGGUAGAAUGCGAGCGCCAGGAGCAGCAGCGGCAGGAUCGCGAUGGAUUGCUGCCGUGCAUGGAAGAUCUGGUUCCCAAAUCCAAGGCGUCCAAGGGUUUCUUCAAGAAAGGGAUCGAUGCUGUGGGAUACGCGCUCAACUCCUCCAAGAGCGCGCUACUGCCGUUCCAGCCAGGAUUCACGAAGCAGCCACACGCGACGCCGUUUAGAUCCGAGAUCCUGAGCUACAGCCUUGGCAAACCAGGUACUGAGGAUUUCUUUGCGGCUUGCAAGCGUGAGAGCACGACGAUCGCAGCGGCGCUCUCGGCGGCAUUCCUCAAGACCGCCGCCAGCGUCACGAAAGAAAAGAAGCAAGACACAUUCUCCUUCACAAAUGUGCUGGAUUGCCGUGGAUACUUUGAGCCUCCGCUGGACGCCAGCGUUGUGGGGAACUACUCGGCCGGAUUGCCUCACGACGAGCAAGUUAAGGAAGGCGUUCCAUUCUGGGAUCUUGCAAGGCAGAUAUCGUCUUCCACCGAGAAGAACUUGGCAAAGAGCCGCCAUUUCUCCGAGCUCUCCGUGCUUAAUAUGCUUCUAUCCCAGGUGAUCAAGCAUCCGAGCGUUACACCCAGCUCGUCCAUGAGGACAGCACUCUUCACCGUGUUCGUGGACGGACCAACAAAGUGUAGCUGGGGGAACGUGAAGAACCUCAAGCUUGCUGGAACGAUCGGGCCGCUGGCGUCCAUGCACUACGUUGGACCUUGCUUCUCCGUAGCCGAGGCUUUACUUGAUGGUCCGGAGCUCUCUCUCACCUUCGUUUACACGACGCCAAUGUACUCUCGCAGCCAGCUCCAAGACUUGGUAUCCUCGUCGCUUGAUCUUCUCAAGUCUGCGGUUGCUUCCAAUUGAGGUGCUACUUCCAGCUAAGUUUUUUGGAGGGCAUAUCUUUUUCGAGAAACUCGAUUGAUCAAUUAAUCCUUUUGGAGGGCAUAUCUUUUUCGAGAAACUCGAUUGAUCAAUUAAUCCUUUUGGUGUU